AUGUCACCGACGCUCACGAUGUACGAAGACGCGGCGAGCGAUAACAACGGCAUCGACGUCGACGUCGGUAGCUGGAGUUCGGACGUCAUCGUGGAGUAUCUCAAAUCAAAGUUGACGCCGAGCCCGGACGCGUCGUCGCGGUCCUCGCGAGACGAGCUUUAA